CCGCCCGCUCUGUGCGCUCGCGUUAACCCUCCUACGAGGUCCGGGUCGCGAGAGUUGCGGGUUCCUACUCAAGAGUUGUUUCUCAGGUCGGCCACGGGAGUGUGUCCUGCUUGCCUUGCUCUAGGGACAGGACUCAUUUGAGACAAGGACCACUUCCUGAAGCGCGACGCAGGAAGUUAUCUGCUAUAUAGCUGGAGUCCUGUGGAGAAAGUGCUGUCUGCUGCACGGGUGGCGGCGGGAGCUGGAGGUCGGUCUGGAGACCGGCCGUACGGUUUGGCCACAGUUAAGCGCCAGUUUCCAUAGCAGCACCACGGCCCCCUUCUCCAGCCCCGAGCCCGGCGCGGCUGCCCGGGGGGCUCCUUUAGGCUCCUUGACGCUGCUCCAAGAGGCAACUACCUGGGCAUCGCCUGGGCCUCCAGCCAGGGGACUGGCUCCCGGCUUCAGCUUUCCGGGCCGCAGUAAGAAGUGCUCUGGUCACCCCGCGCCCUGCCCACCUUCUCGAACCAUCGAGACCCUGGUCCAGAGCGACAGCCCUGGACCUGGGACUAGACGGAUCCAAAACACUCAGCCUCGACCCCCCUCAGACGGGGCUGUGCAGCGUCUCUGAUAUGUCACCCACCGUCUCCCACAAGGACAACAGUCGGCAACGACGGCCAGGGACUUACAGUCACUCUCUGGAUAUGAAGAGUGGCCUUCUGCCGCCGGGCGACUGGGAUGACAGCCAUCUGAACUUGGUGGGCGGAGAAGGGGACAGAGAAGCUCUUCUGCUGGAUACUGGUGAUCUCUCAAAACUCCCACGGAGCUGCCGGGCCGAAUUAAGCAGCAUUUUGCUGUUGCUUUUUCUUUAUGUGCUUCAGGGCAUUCCACUGGGCCUGGCAGGAAGCAUCCCACUCAUUUUGCAGAGCAAAAAUGUUAGCUAUACAGAUCAAGCUUUUUUCAGUUUUGUCUUUUGGCCCUUCAGUCUCAAAUUGCUCUGGGCCCCACUGGUAGAUGCGGUUUACUUUAGGAACUUCGGUCGUCGCAAAUCUUGGCUUGUCCCUACACAGUAUAUACUGGGACUCUUCAUGAUGUAUUUAUCCACUCAGGUGGACCAUAUGCUCGGGAACACUGAUGGCAGAACCCCCGAUGUGGUUGCUCUCACUGUGACAUUCUUUUUGUUUGAAUUUCUGGCCGCCACUCAGGACAUCGCUGUGGAUGGCUGGGCGUUAACUAUGUUAUCCCGAGAAAACGUGGGUUAUGCUUCUACUUGCAAUUCAGUGGGCCAAACAGCGGGCUACUUUUUGGGCAAUGUUUUGUUUUUGGCCCUUGAAUCUGCCGACUUUUGUAACAAAUAUUUGCGGUUUGAGCCUCAACCCAGGGGAAUCGUUACUCUUGCAGGUAGUGUUACAUUGUACAGCAUGUAUGUUUCUAUAAUGGCAUUCAAUGCAAAGGUUAGCGAUCCACUUAUUGGAGGAACAUAUAUGACCCUUCUGAACACCGUGUCCAACCUGGGAGGAAACUGGCCUUCCACAGUAGCUCUUUGGCUGGUAGAUCCCCUCACAGUGAAAGAGUGUGUAGGAGCAUCAAACCAGAACUGUCGAACACCUGAUAAUGUCGAGCUUUGCAAAAAACUCGGUGGCUCGUGUGUUACAGCACUGGAUGGUUAUUAUGUGGAGUCCAUUAUUUGUGUGUUUAUUGGAUUUGGUUGGUGGUUCUUUUUUGGUCCAAAAUUUAAAAAGUUACAGGAUGAAGGACCUUCUUCAUGGAAGUGCAAAAGGAGCAAUUAAUACAUUCACUAUUGGGUAUUCUGAGAAAAAGGUAACUAUAGUUUAGUUUUAAUUCAGAGAGCUAUGAAAAUCAAUGCACAGGAAUAUGAAAUAUUUUAAACACAAAUUAUUAAUAUAAAAUGCCAAAUCAUUAAAAAAUAGAGACCUCUCUGUAUGUUGAUUAUAUUUUUCCUUGCCUUGUUUAUGUAUUUAAAGUUUACUUAAGGUUAGGAAGUGGAUUCUAAAACACCUUUUCCUGCCUUGUUAUUUGAUUUAUAUCUUUUCAAUUUACUGACCAAAGUAAGUUUUAAGCUGCAAUGCAGCAGUCAUGGGUGAUAACCAUGCAGUCAAGUAUUGUUAUCAGUUCCUGUCACUGAGCUGUAUUCAAAAUUUUGGUAAAAUACAUUAAGUGGAACACAGCUUGAUAUUCAGGUACUAAUUACAACUAGUCUGGCCAGUUGGAAGUUAAAUUUUAUUUGGAAUUGCAAAUUGGUUAAAUUCUAUAUAUGUAGAAUUUGCUGAGAAGAGAAUCUAGGCUACUGACUUAAAUGACAUAUUAGUUGUUAUUUUUCUGACCACAAGCACAUUGUACUUAUGAAUCUGUGUUACGAAGACUAUUCACAAACGCAUUGUGCUAAUGAGCCUGUGUUAAAAAAAAAAAAGACUAUUUUAAAUGUAUUUUCUGCUUUUGUAAGCAUUAAAGAUUUAUAAGAUAUUAUUCAAACUAUUUUUUAUAAAAUGGAGCUAUCAUUUUUAAUUUAUUGAUUCCCCUGUCCACCUUUUUUGAAAAGGUAUUUUGAUUCCUUGUUAACUUUUACCAUAAAGCUUACAUAUGUUUUUUGUUCUAAGUGCUUCAGCACACAGACAUCUCAUGAAGGGAUCAAAUUUAGUGUUAUAUAUAUGUUCACAGCAAAGUCCUGAAAAUAAAAAUUAAAUGUUUUUCUUCAA